AUGAAGCUUUUCAGUACCAUCGCGUGCCUUUGCGCAUCCUCACUGGCUUCAAAACCACCUCAGUUUCACAAUUCAGCAAACCACCCCGGCGCCGAUCCUCAUGUGAUCUACGACUACAAAACAGGCCAGUAUUAUGCGUACUCAACAGAGGGAGCAGAUCCAAGAAAUCUGUUCGCGAUAUACACCAGUCCUGAUCUGUCAACUUGGCACAAACAUCCGGGCGGUGUGCUGAAAGCGUGCUACGAUGAUGACAUGAACCGCAUCGAAGGUGGUCAGGCCUGUUGGGCGCGUGACUGGUACUGGGCUCCCGAGACAUACUACAAUGAGAAAACCGGAUGGUACUUUUUCUUCUUUGCUGGCCGGUUGCGGGAGGACCUGGCAAAGGAUUACUUCCGAUACUCGGACUUUGAAGAGCCGUCUAAAAUUGGCGUGGCUGUCUCUCGUUCGCCGACGGGACCGUUUAGGGAAAUUGAGUCUAAGCCGAUUGACUACUACCCUUUCGAUCCCGACUAUCACGAUGUCAACCUCAUCAUGGACGAGAAGCAGAUGCUGCCACCGCAGAGUCUUGCAAAGGGUCAGACGGCGCCGAAGGGAACAUAUAUCCCCACCAUUGAUGUUAAUAUCUUCUUCGACACUGAUGAGCGCAUUUAUCUCUAUCUUUCACGGAAUGCAUACCGGAACUGGAAUUGGGAUAAGAAGCUGGGCAAGUACAUAGAGGAGUCGAAUAUCAUCGUGGUAGAGAUGGAACGCGCUUGGUGGGACGAUCCAAAGGCAUCAACCAUGCCACAAAUCAUCGCCUCACAAAGGAACAUCCAUGCCAAGGAUGCGCCAAAACUUCCCUCGAACAUCACCUCUUACAACGGCACUGGGGAGAUUGGAUCACCACCUCGCAAAGACGGCUGGAAGACUGUUAUUUCCUACGGCGCUGAUCCGCAAGAGUGGGAGAACUUUCAUGUUGACGACUAUAAAAAGUACAAUGGCACGAAGAAAGAUCGCCGUUGGGCUGAAGGGAGCACUGCCAUCACGAGACCUGGCAAGGAUGGAAAACCUAUCUAUCUUCUAACAUACAGCGCCAAUAACUACGAAGCAUCCAAUUAUGGCGUUGGCUUUGCAACUGCAAAGUCCCCAUUUGGUCCAUUCCGAAAAUCUUCGAACAACCCUAUCCUUUCGCAAAAGCCCGAUGCCGAGAUUCCAAUCUACUCAACUGGCCAUGGUAGCAUUGUUGCUUCACCUGCUAAGCACAACAAGAAAGCUGGCGCUCAGGAAGUUACACUACGAACACCUCCCGGUGCUGAGCUGUUUUAUGUGCAUCAUGCCCGUAACAGCACAGAGCGUGAUCGUUCCAUUUACACGACUCGGAUGACUCUCGAUGAGUCUGCUGUUUACUUCGGGACAAAUGAUGCUCUAAGCAUGGAUCUUACGCCACUUGAUCAACCUUUACCGAAGAACACGUAUCCCAUCAAGAUGGAUGCAGAGUGCUCUGAUUCGAAGAAGAGAGGGCGUGAAUAUCAGAUUCGUGUUGAAUCCAAGCCAGGUGCACCUUUUGAUAUUCUUGAAGGAACGAAUAGGGUUGUUGCACUGCCUGGAAAUACAGUUGCAACGUCUGUCAAAGCUGACAGGCAUGAAGGCUCGUUUGUCCUGUCCUUUGAUAACAAGAUUGUGAAAGAAUUGGCUUACCAGCGCCUGAGUGUUGAUGGAAGUUGGGCAACAGUCACAAAGAAGAGAGUUUCCUACAGAUAGUCUUCAACUCAUGCUGACGAGUUGCCUGUUACUAG